AUGACUCUUGACACUGAAGUGCUAUAUGAUGACCAAGGUCUGUGUUUAGCUGGGUCAAGUUGUGAGCGGGGCUGGUUUGGUCCACUCUGUCAGUACCAGGACUUGGCAACAGUUGGCGCUAAGCUCACACCCUCCAACUCCUUGAUAGAUGAUGGCGAUGACGACACUUGCUCAAAUCUCAAAACAGUAACGAUCACGUGGGAUACGGCUUAUAUUAUCACGUGGUUACGGCUGAGUUUAAACGAUACAGGAGUGUUUUCUAACACCAACAUAACGAUCAAACUAACAAACGUAACUGGUGCUGACACAGGCAUCACGUACUUCUCCAUGAUUCCAGUAACUAGCAGAGUCAAAGACAUCCUUCUUUGUUCUUCUCUUAGAGCGAUUAAAGUUACGCUCACAUUUUUAAGGGCAGUUACCGUGUGUUCUUUAAACAUUAACGGAGGUCGAAAUGUGGCUUUACACCAAAAAACUUGGCAGUCCACCAACUACAAUGAAAGCGGAGUCAUCUACGACUCCUCUAAAGCGGUUGACGGCAACAACAGUAAUGAUUUCUACGGGCAGGGUUCUUGUUCACAUACACUUGGUGUUAAUGGUCGAUGGGGGAUUAACUUGACCCGUGAACACAGAGUGGACAGAUUUGUGCUUUACAACAGAGGUGACUAUCAGCAACGUCUACGAGGGUUUAACCUUGUGGCCUACAAUAAAAAUAACCAGCUACAGUUGAACUACACGGAUGAUUCCAAACUAAACGUGUCUGUGUACAACAUCACAACCACCGCUAUAUAUGUUCAAAGUGUAAACAUUACAGUGAGAACCUAUCUAACUCUGUGUGAAGUCGAGAUCUUUGGUGAUAUUGAAUGUGAUAGUGCUAGAUUGGGACUAGAGUGUACCAACACCUGCAACUGUAACGACCCAACUGAGACAUGUUUUGUAGCUACAGGUGGAUGUCGGUCUGGUUGUACUGCUGGUUAUCAAGGGGAGGGGUGUUCUAAAGGUUGGUAA